AAGAGUUUGAAACAGAAGAAACUGGUAUACAUCAUUCUCCAUCCUUCGUGUAAAGUCUCCCUCGUCUCCUUCAAUAAAACUACCUACCACCCGGCUUCGAAGACCAAACAUCCUUAAUUUCAAGAGGACCUUUAGCAAAUUAACCAUGGCUGAUAGCGCAGUAGACACGACCACAACUACAGAGAUUACGGCAAAGGAUCUGAAGGAGAAGAAAGAGAUCGUUGUGGAGAAAGUAGCCGAAAAAGAGAACGACAGCAGCGACGCAUCUGCCAAUGGAAAUGGAACAGUGAGUUGGAGAACCCUACACAAGAAUGGUGCUGACAAGACCAAUGGUGCUGACAAGACUAAUGGUGCUGACAAGACUAAUGGGGCUGAAGACAAAGAUACUGAAAAUGUAGAGAAGGAAGAGAAGAAUGAAGUAGCAGAGAAAAAAGAAACUGUGGAAGAGGAGAAGAAGGAAGAAGAGAAAAAUGAGGAGGAAAAGAAGGAGAAGGUGGAGGAGAAGGAGGAGGAGAAAGAGGAGGUGGUGGAUGCAGUCCCUGUGAAGCGCCCAGCUGAGGAGGAGAAAACAGUGGAGACGAAAAAGCAGAAGACAGAAAAUGGAAACGGCGACUCAAAGGAGGCCGAGGUGGAGGCCUAGGAGCCCCGUCACUGUGCUCUCCUGCCCGGCUCUCUGACGGCGCGCUCAUCUUCACAAUGUAGGGCCCGGGCUUUCUGUUUGUUUUACAGGUUGUGUUUGCUUCAUGCUGAUGUGACAUUGCACUGGAGUCUCUAGAACAUAGUGGCCCCUCCUUCUCCGUCCACUUUUUUUCGGGGGAAUGACAUGUUAUUUAUUGGUCCCUCAAACUUGUUUUGGUUGUUUCUUUUGACUCGUAUAUGUAGGGCCUCGACACGAUCAGAUUAGAAUUUUCUUUGGUGUGUAUCACUGUGUGUUCUUUAGCCAGUAUGAGUUGGAUGGAAGCACAUUUUGGACCAUGUUCCUGUCGACCAGAUGACCCUUUACUCAGGCAGCUGCACACAGCUCCUCUCAGCCCCGACGCUGUCAUGGCCGUGACCUCACACUCACCAAGGACCAAAGAGAAGUUUGAAGCAGGGGCUAAUAGACGAUUGUUAGCAUUAUUUGUCUGUUUUUAUAUAUAUAAAUAUAUAGAAUCCUUCUCUGUGCUGCUGCUAGUAUGUUAAUCCUUUGCAAGGUUGGUCUGGUAACAGAUGGCCCAAAUGAAUGAGGGGGGGGGGGCACAUCUUCUGAGAUAAAAGAUAGUUUGACCCCUGUUGGGAGGCUGGCUUCUUCUGCAAAGUUAAUUAACCCCUCUUUAAUCUUAAGACUUUGGUCAUUUGUUCCAUACGCAUUUCACACAAGUUUGUAACCAUUUUGUACUCUGAAUACAGUUUGUGUUUGGAUUCGACUAGUUCUUUAUUAUAAACGUGUGUCAGGGUAACGAAAGAAUUGUGUCUGCAACUGCCACCAUCAAAACAACAUAUUUACACUGAUGUGGAUCCUCGUUCCUAUUGCAGUAAUAUUUCCAGAUUGCCAUUUGGUUACUUUGGCCAGUGUAUUGUAUUUUCUGGUUCUUGAUAUUAAAUAAAUCACUCUGUCUUUUUAA